UGAAAGUCCGAUAUUCUUUUUCACAAACAGCAAGCAACAUUCAAGAUGUCUGGGCGCGGAAAAUCAGGCAAGGCUAGAGCAAAGGCCAAGACACGCUCUUCCCGUGCCGGGCUUCAGUUCCCGGUGGGUCGUGUCCACAGGCUGCUCCGCAAGGGCAACUAUGCUCAGCGCGUCGGGGCCGGCGCUCCCGUCUACCUGGCGGCUGUGCUCGAGUACUUGACUGCUGAAAUUCUGGAGUUGGCUGGCAACGCCGCUCGCGACAACAAGAAGACCAGAAUUAUUCCCCGCCACUUGCAGCUCGCCGUCCGCAACGACGAAGAGCUCAACAAACUGCUCGGCGGCGUUACUAUCGCUCAGGGCGGAGUGUUGCCCAACAUUCAAGCCGUGCUCCUGCCCAAGAAGACUGAGAAGGCCGGCAAAGCCAAGUAAACUUAGCUGAAAGCUAAUCAUCACAAAAGGCUCUUUUAAGAGCCACACAAAAGUCCGUAAAGGGUCACUUCCAUUUUGUGUAAACUUACCGUCUGCAAUAUUAUUACAUUGAGGUAGGACUACUGUUUCAGAGCAUCUUUCAAACUUUAAAUAAUACUUUUAAAAGUUUUCGCGAGUGAAAGUUACGCUGGGUCGGUCGGCUAUUACAAGUACAAGCGUAGCAGCUACAGAAAGGGCUAGAAAAAGCCGUGCCACCAUUUAAGGAACAACGCACAAGCACUGCACACCAUACACACUGCCAUCACUUCUGCAUAUGUAAAUAGUUAAUUUUUAAUUGUCCUAUUCUGUAAGAAUCUCGUAUCACGCUUCAUAAAUGCCACAAUUCAUGUUUUUAACCUUCAUAUGUAAAUAAAUUGUUCAUUUUUAA